AGAAGCAAGACAGACACAAUGUGUUCAACUUCAUAGUUUGUUGUGAGCUACUACUAGAACACACACCAUCCAUGGCUGGAAUGCUUCCAGGAGUUGAAUGUGCAAGAAGGAGAAGAUUCCAUAGUUGCUUCGAUUCAAACUCAACUUCUUUAGCAUCACAUGUAUCCACAAGGCGCUCUUCUUUUGGUUUGUAUGCAAGUAACUUUUCCUUGUCCACUUCACAGCAAAGAGGCAUGUUAUACCAGACACACCCAGAUGAGGAUAUGGCAGGAGCUGCCAGAGAAGCCAGACAGAGAUUGGAUGACAAGUUUAGAGCACAAAGAAUGUCUGAUAACAAAAGGCAGAAGAGUACAACAUGUGUGGAGGGUGGAAGAACAAGCAUAACAGAGUUGCACACAGAGGUUUAUGGGUCAAAGAAAAGUGGUGGAAGGAAAUUCAGUUGGAGUAGAUGGAGCUGGAAGGCCUCUGAACAAGAGGAUUGUGCCGUGUGCUUGGAAUCAUUCAGGGUUGGAGAGACACUGAUCCAUCUUCCUUGUGCACAUAAGUUUCAUGACAGAUGCUUGAAACCAUGGUUGGAAAAUAAUUCUCAUUGUCCAUGUUGCAGAACAACCAUUCUUUCCCUCUCCAUUUAACUCUUCUCUGUCUUCAAUUGUAUAAAACAUGAAGUCACUUGUUUCAAGAUUUUAACUUCAAAGUCAUUAUAUGUAUCUAAUCUAGCACAUUUGAAGAUCAAUCAAGUAAUACAUUACACUUA